AUGAGCCGAGAACUCUCAUCGCAAAUGUCGACCUUUCAAUACGGCGGCUAUGCAGGAUAUGGCCCUAACCAUAUGGGGCAUGAAAAUGAUACUGCUGGGAUGUACAACCCACGUACUCACUCUAAAGUUGCUGAAAAAGAAGGAUUUCACAUGGGUGGAACUGAUGAGCCGAGAACUCUGUAA